CCAUUUUUGAUUUUCCCUCACUCUUUCUCUUCUUCCACAACAAUCAAACUAAAUCGCAAAUUUCACAAAUCUCAAUCUCAAUCCUGCGCUUGUAUAUACAUACAUUCGAUAAAUGCCAGGAACUAUACAAGUUUCAGUUCUGGGUCUUAUUGAUGUUCAAACAUCUUCUUCUCCAGGUUCUUCAAACAAUUCCAUUAAAGGUCUUAACUUGAUUCUUUUCCCUAAAUCGAAUUCUAAUUGCUAUGGGGAAGCUAGAGUAUCGAACUUCGGAUUCAGGAGACUACAUUUUUCCAGUUACGAGGCUCCGAGAAAAUUUGAUUGUUACUCUGUUAGAUGUCAAUGGAAACGGAAUAUUACAGAGAGGUUAGAGAUAGAGACCAGAAUGAUAAUAGAGAGUGGCUUAUUGGAAGAGAAGCUUUCAUUCAAUGGCUAUGGAGAUGUCAAAUUGAAAAUGCAGUUUGUUCUUAGUGAAGAAGAUCGUAAUCGCAUACGUUUUCUGAGACAAUCUGCAUUGAGAAAGAAGCACGAAGAGCUCGUCAAUGGCAGUGUUUUUACCAAAUCUAAAAGCAUUGCUUCAGAUCUGUCUUCUUUAAGUCCAAUGCCAAACCGAGACACCGUGGCUUCUGCUAGUCCAAAGACAAAUCUUGGUCUGUCUCCAGAAACCGAGCUUAAAAUUGGUGCAGAUAGAGAACCGGUUUCUUCAAAACUUAUAACGUGGAAGCCUGAAGUAAAGGAAACAGUUGAGAAGACUAAAAAUCAACCAUCAUCUUCAGAUUCAAAUGUUUCUUCAAUCAAGAAGCCUUCAAGCAAGAAGCUUCCAGAGAUUAAGAAACCGGAGAGUGUAUCGUUAGUGAAGCAAGAAGAUAAAGGGUUUUUGAGCAAACCGGAAAGAAACCCUAAACGGAAUUCAAUGAGGCGGAGUAUGUCAGAGACAACCUUGAGCAAUGUGAGGAAAAUGAUUAGCAACUUUGAGAUUAAAGUGACUCAGGAAACAAAACUUCAGACAGGGAAGAUUCAAACUGAAACUUGUAAAGAUGUGGAGGAGAAGACUAAGGCGCAGUCACAACAACCGGAAAGCUCUGUAAAUAUAGAGAAACCGGAAGAAAGGAAGAUAAGCUCUAAGGAUAAUAUGGAGAAGACAGUGUGUAAAGAUAACACAGAGAGAUGUGAUGAUAUAGUAAUAGUUCCGAGAGGUGAAAGGACUGUAGUUAUAGAGGAGAAGAGACUCGAACAGAGCACGAGAAGAAGUGACUCGUUAAGUAAGCAGAGGCGAAAAAGAAGCUCGGUGGUAGAAGUAAAGGAUGUUGAGAAGAAACUGAACAAAACUGUGCGUUUGAAGGAUUCUCAACUUGAAAACGCACGAGGAUCCCGUCUCUGGAUAUUUCCAGAUGAGGCAAAGAAUUUUUCUCGCGAAACAGAUUUUGGAACGAGACAUUUGGAUUUGGUAGAAGCAAAUGUGUUACAGAAGAAGCAAGAAGAAUCCAGCAGGGAAAACAUCGAUGAGAGGGGAUUCCGGUGCAGAAGCAUAGCGAAAAUGGACAGCAACAACAAGUGGAAGAAUAUUGAGAAAUCAAAGAAACAGAAGUCCGCAGAUUCAGAAAGUUCAAGAGGACCUCAUGCGCAGGUUUGUGAUGCGUGCGUUGAUUGUGGUGGGUUUCGCAGGCUUAGUGUUGUUGACACGGCAAUGAACCUAAAACAGAUGAGCCAAAAGCUGCAUUUGAGAUGGUAAUAGUGGAUAAUUUUUUUUUUUUUUAAAAACAGACUGUAAAAGAUGUAUUAUUUGCACAUAAUAAUAGAUUCUAAUACGGUGAUAGCAAAACAAAAAAACGUCUUCAAUAAUAUGCUUUUAGACGAUAGAAAAAAAAGGCUUUAAGCUUAGCCUUGUGGACACUUCUAAAAUUCCUCUGCCUUCUCUCUUCUUUUCUUCGAACCUUAGCCGAUCUGUUUUGAUAUCGGCCGAUGUGUGUGGGCUUCCACAGCUACAACAUCGGUCAAUCCUUUUGUUUUGUUUUGUUUUCAGUUUCUUUUUCUCGUUUUGUGGCAGUUUCAUUUUUUGGUUUUAAUGGUUUUUUUCCAAAAGCAGAUCUAGAUCUGGUUUUCAGAUCUAGAGAUUUUAGCUUUUCUAAAAGAGAAUUUCGGUUUUUUUCCAUCGGUGGUGUGUUUUCCUUCUGUAGUUUCUUCCCUGUUCUCGCUGUUUUUCGCCGGUGGCGUUUCCCGGUCUGUUUUCUACCGUUGUCUUUGUCGGUAAGGUGGAGGGGUUGGCUUUGCUCCCUGUUCUUUUCGGCUUUUACCUAGGCGCUCUUGGUCGUGUCCGACUUUGCCGCAUCCGGAAUUUUUAUUAGGAUCUAUAGAUCCGAUCUGGCCGGAUUAUGAAGCGUUAGUUACUUGUUGAUGAAGAGGUGGUCUCUCAUCUUCUCGGGAGGAGAUAGGUGUUAUCGUUUGGUCUGCUAUGUGCAGCAAUGAUACUCUCGUCUUCUGGAUCUCCAGGAGGUUCAGAAGAUUUGCAGAUCUGUGUUUGUCACUUCUUUGGAGUUUGAAAUCGGAUUCUCUAUUUAGGUUUGCUAUUUCUUAUGCAUUAGAUCGUGUUUUUCAUUUGUAGUAGUUUGGUAUUUCAUAAUCAUAUUUUAAUUUCGGAUAUGUGUCAGUUUUCCAUCCUGUAUCUCAUCUCUGUAUUAGAUCUUGUAUCUUUCCCCUGUAUUCCUCCUUUGUUUGUGUAAUAAAAAUUCAGAUGACAAAAAAAAAAAUAAAGCUUAAC